AGCUCAAAGAUCCGGAUCUCAGAAAGGAUCCGGAAUUCCCAGGCCAGCCCAGGAGAGCUGGCAGAAAGCUGCGGGGAGGCGGAGGCGGUGUGAGGGGGAUGGGUCGCUGAAAGAUAAGACCAGAGGUGGAGACGGUUCGAUACUGUGCAGGUGAGAGCAAGAGAGGAUGACGAUGCCGCAUGUCGGGGCAGUAUUUGCAACAAUAGCAGGGGUGAUGGCCAUCCUUUUGCACUCCUCUAUUCACAAGAUAGAGGAAGGGCACCUUGCUGUUUACUACAGAGGCGGCGCGUUGCUGACCUCUCCCAAUGGUCCAGGAUAUCACAUUAUGCUGCCUUUCAUUACCACAUACAGAUCAGUGCAGACUACGCUUCAAACCGAUGAGAUCAAGAACGUGCCUUGUGGAACAAGCGGAGGAGUGAUGAUUUAUUUCGACAGGAUAGAAGUCGUUAACAUGUUGGUCCCUUCAGCGGUGGUGGAUAUUGUUAGGAACUACACUGCAGAUUACGAUAAGACUCUAAUUUUCAACAAGAUUCACCAUGAACUGAACCAGUUCUGCAGUGUGCAUACUUUGCAGGAGGUCUACAUUGAGUUGUUUGAUAUUAUUGAUGAGAAUCUGAAGACUGCAUUACAGAAGGAUCUUAAUGGGAUGGCUCCUGGACUAACAAUACAGGCAGUCCGCGUUACCAAGCCAAAGAUCCCAGAGGCUAUCAGGAGGAACUUUGAACUCAUGGAGGCUGAGAAGACUCGUCUGUUAAUAACAGCACAGACUCAGAAAGUGGUAGAAAAGGAAGCAGAGACUGAAAGGAAGAAAGCCAUUAUUGAGGCUCAAAAAGUUGCUCAAGUAGCAGAGAUCCAUUUCAAACAGAAGGUCAUGGAGAAGGAGACUGAGAAGAAGAUCUCUGAAAUAGAAGAUGCUGCGUUCCUGGCCAGAGAGAGGGCGAAGGCUGAUGCAGAAUAUUACACUGCCGCCAAGUCUGCAGAAGCAAACAUGCUGAAAUUAACACCAGAAUACCUGGAGCUCAUGAAAUACCAGGCCAUAGCAGCUAACAGUAAGAUCUACUUUGGCCAGGACAUUCCUAACAUGUUUGUGGAGGGGAACAACGGCCCCACUAAACACGUGCCCUCGCCUACUUUACCCGACGGUGAAUCGGACCUGCCGAAAGCGAAGCGAAGGUCACAGUGAGUUCACAGCCGAGCCUCUGCACAGGACAGGACAACCUGAUGGAGAGCUGUCUUGUCACUGAACAUGAGUAGCUUUGCAGCUCAUUUGGUGAACAGCACACUUUGGUCUUAAAUCUACAUGGCAAGGAGGGAUUUGGAGAGAAAGUGAAAAGAAAGAGUUAGGACAAACAGGAGAGUGUUAAAAGGAACGAGAACGAUGCCAUCUUUAUGCCUGGGAAGGUGACAGAAAGUAGUCGCCGCAACUUACAGCUGCUUUUCUUUUUUUUUUUAUUAUUAUCAGUAAAGCGUUUAACUUUGCUUUCAGAGCUGUUUUCAUUAUAUAUGUGCAGCAGAUAUGGUUUGUGAUUGACAUGAGUUACUGAUUUUUUAACUUAUGGUUUAGCCACACUGAAAUCUAACGGUGACACUAAUUAAAGGUUGGAUGGAGAAGGUUUAUUAGUGGUUUAAGUCAUCUGCACCAUCUUUUUCUUUCAACAAGUUGGCUGCCCCCUCUUAAUCCAAGCCUGAGAACCGAUUAAAUGAAACCUCCUGUCAAAUGCUGCUCGUGGUGAGGUUUUGGCACGUGGACAGAUUGAAUAGAGAUGUUUCAGCAUUACAGAAACAAUUAAAAUAAUCCCAGCUGUUAUGGAUCCAUCCUUAAUCUUCCUUUGACUUAAAUGUUUGAAGAUUUGUGGAGAAGACUAGUGGAUAAAUGAUUGUUGGGUGUUUGCUUUAUUUUUGUGUGAUUUUGCUUUGCUGACUUUCUGUGAUAUUUACUGUGAAGAAAAUGGAGGAAAAAGGGACUAAACUCUUAUCUUUGUCUUUAUAAAUUUAAAUCAAGAUGCUUAACAGGAAGUGAAUCAAUAGUGGAAAUUUGUUCUGUCAGCAUGCUUGUUGCAUUGUUCGGUUUUGAUUAACAGGGCUAUGCAUGUUAAUUGUUUUUUGAUUCAGAUGAUUAAUAGAACCCAUUAUUGUCUCCUUAAACAGCUUGUUCAGAUGUAAUUAAAUGGAAAUUCUCAGGAAGUUUAUUUUAUUGUAAUAAAUCAGUGGUUUAUUAUUGAGCGAUGCGGUCAAAUAAAAAGUAAAACAACUAAUAGUUUCCACCCAAAAUGAACCACUGACUGUGAUGGUUUGAUUGCACCACUAACACAUAUGCAGUCAACUCACAGUAGGUGUCUGUGGCAAUAUCGUUUAUUGAAGGUGAAAUAAUUAAGGAAAACUUCCAAUCUUGUCUUUGUUUACUUUUUUUUUAAUUCUAGAAAUUGACUGGAACAUUUUGGAGAUUUUGACUGUAAUGUUGGUGGUUUUUAGGGUUUAAUGGAAACAUGCAGCUUAUGAUUACAGGAAUGACCUGUUUAAGACACAGUUGUGUUCAAAAUAACAGCAGUGUGCUCAAAACCAUGAGUAAAGCUGUAACUCCUUAUGUUAGCGUUUAUUUCUAUACCUGUAUAUGCACUGGAAGCGCUGCACAUUCUGCCUCAAAGCAAAACAUAAGGAUAAAAACAUGAAAUAUGUUAUAACUACAGAAAGUGAAGAAAAGGGAAUAUUCGGCUCUUCACGCUUAAACAUUUAAUGUAUAAACUGGAAAACAUGCUUGAGGUUUUAGCUUUCCUGUGAAUCAAUGAAAUAAUGUUAGUAGGAAGGACCAACGUCUGGUUCCUGUUAUCAACGAUUCCAACCCAGAAUCAUUGGACUUCUUUCUGCUGUUUCUUGGCAUUUCUUGGUAAUAUGUCUCAGAAGAAAAAUGUUUUUAUGCCGCCCACCCCACCGUGACAUUAUUUGUUUGAAUAACGUCCAGUGGUUGGACUGACCACUCCAUAGAGUUAAUCCAAGUGGCCUGGAACCAAAAUGGUGCUCUCUUACUGGUGUUUCAGGUUAUUGUCAUUGCUGUUUCAUCAAACAAUUAUUCCAUUUCAAUAGUAGUUUUCUUCCACAUCUUUUGGGGUCCAUUAAAGGAUUAUGGAUUGUUUUAGCAGAGCAGCCUAUCAUUUUAUGCACCUAUGCCCCCUCUCAAGUCCACGUUGUAAUCAGAGUACCCUGUUCUUCUGGAAGAUUUCUGGAACAACCCAGAACUCAGGCCUACAUUCAUGAAUGCACUAGAACCAACAGGGUUAAAACUUGCUGCUUUUGCCCUUAAAUAACCCACUUGCUUUUUUUUUUUACAGCACCCCAUUAAUAUUUUGAACAUCCCUGUGUUUUAAUUAAUAUUACAGUCAGUAACGUGCAUGUCAUGACUGUUGGUUCUGUUAGAUUUCUAUUACUCUACUACACCUGACAGUGUAUUAUUUGCUUUUUAGAAUAUCGAUCCAAAACAGUGAUUGAUUGGGUUAGAGAUGUUGCACUGCUGUUAAUUUUGAACACAACUGUGUUUAUUCAGUUUUAUGGCUUGAUUUUAAUUGAAUCGCCGGAACAAGCCUUUUCAUUUAAAGAUAAAGGUAAGGUAAGUUUAUUUAUACAGCGCUUUUCAGUAACAAGACAUUCAUAGCUAAUAUUGCAAGCUGGUGCUAGUUUAUAAUUGGUUUCUGGGCUUUUGAACUUUUUUUCUUUAACGUUAGGCUUUUUUAACUUUAAACUGCUUUUGCUAUACAGAAUUCAAGCCUUAAAUAAUUAAAGGGGUCACACUCCCCCCCCCACAGCUGGCAGUGGACACUACUAGUGCUUGUUUAACUGAGCUCUACGUGACAGACGCUGCACUUUGCAUUGCUUUGGUGAUGGGUUCAAGCGUUGAUGCAAAAGGAGGGGUAUGAUUCAUUUAUGAAAUUUAUUUUUUUGUUAAUAUUUUGUACAAUCUGUGAAAUUGAAAAAUUGUCUUGUUGAUUUAAAAAGUUUAUAUGCAAACAUGUUUUCCAGUUUUGACAAUGUUGUAAAAAUAAAACCUAUUUUGGUACCUCUCCUCUGGUUUGAUGUGUGUGUGUGUGUGUGUGUGUGUGUGUGGGUUGGUCGAUGGGUGGGUGGUCAUUGUGUAGUACUCCUAAGUGCCUGCAGGAGGCGAGCUAACAGCACGCUAAAGCUGUUAGUUAAACCUAAAAUAGUACUUAAAACGAGACAGUCAGAAAAUGCUUACUGACACCAUAUAGCUUUUUCUGUAAAGUUACUAAAACACAGACAAACUUAGCUGAAAACAUAACCUCCUUGGCAGAGGUAGAAAUAAGUGGAAUUAGCAAAGUAGAGGAAGUUGGUGAAUUAUAGAGAGAGAAAUGUGUAGUUUAUGAAAGGCUGUAGAAGCUGAAUAUACUUGAAGUAUACAAACUCAAAUUUCCUGCUCUCUUAAAAACCAGAAAUGCACAAAACGGUGAUUUUAUUUUAGAAAUUUUGGUCAGAUUUUCUGAGUGCUCCAGGUUGAAAGGAUUUAAGCGUUAUAGGCCAAUACAUCCUGUUUGGGACAGAAAAAGUCAACAAGAUGAAGAUAUUGAGCAAUAGUUUUUCAGACUGUUUAAACAUUCCCUGCCUUUUAGCUAUUUGUUCCUCUUUAAAUUCCAACAUAAACUGGAUUAUUUGAACCUCGUUUUAGUUUUGAAUUUGUUCUUAAG